UUUUGUUCUACGAGAUUACUAAAGUUGAUGAGAAUCAAAGCAGGCUUCUUUUUCAAUGAUACGAGGCGUAUCGUUAUUAUUAUCUGCAAUCUGCAGUUUAACGCUGGUCCUUAAUCAUGGGGUAAGAACUGAGGACACAGCAGAAGAAGCAAUUGUACAAGAGCACCAGGAUUGGAAGUUCUAUAAAGCAUCCCUGAUUCGUGAGGUUAACGGUACGGUCAUUCGUACAAGAAAUGAAGGUUUUCUCGUUGUGAAUUUUACUAAUAAGAAAAGUGGAGAAACAACAAAUGGAACCGUUUGUCCUGGUAACUUUAAUUGGUACCACGCAAAUACGUUUUGUCGCUACUUUGGAAACGAACAGGGAAUGUGGGACAACAAACCGAACAGUUUGAAACUCAUAUCCGAAGCGUUGUUAAAACAUGACAGAUCUAUCUUCUUGAGUAAUGUUAGCUGCAAAAACGUAGAAAAUGGAGACGAAAGAAAUGAAUGUGAUGUGCGGAUUUCAGCAGCAGACGGUUGCAAUAACAACUAUAUUGUGUGGUUGAACUGCAACAAUGGAACAGAUAUGUGGAAUUCUGUGGUAUCUGGCAAGAUGAUACCCAUUGAUGUGGGGCCGCUUUACUUCAACUUGCACAUUAGAACUACCAGUGCUGCUGGUAGUAAUGACGAGACAAUUAUAUAUUACUAUGACGAAAAAGAGGCAUACGCAGGAGGUAUUUAUAUCGUGUUCAAUUCCACCAUAAAGCAUGCUGUGUUUGGCUGCAAUAACUUCUUAUAUCCCAUUCCCUUCCCGACAAGUCUACCAGCAGAACAGUCCAAACACUGGGUGAUAAUGAGAGGUGGUCACGGAAUGGUAAUUUAUUGUAAUGGAGAGGAGGUACUUGACUUGAAAGUCAUGUCCUCUCAAACGUGUGAUCCUUCCAUCUUUGAUAUGCGCGGCUAUGUAUGGGGAAAAGAAGUGAGCAGUAUAUCUUUUUCCCCGGACCACAAUUCUGCUUCAGACUCGUACAACAUAGAGCAUAGCUGGAAGUUUCACAGAGCAAAUCUAAUUAACCUUGUUGAGGGAACAGAGAGAUUAAAUGAUAACGGAGGUCUUCUGAUAGCGACAGUUAUAAACAAGCAAACCGGGGAAGAGCGAAAUGGAACCGUUUGUAAGAACGCGUUUACCUGGUAUUCAGCACAGCUUUUUUGUUUGUCUAUAGGACAUCGCUUCGCAGACUGGGGAAGUUACCCGAGAAACAUGAAAUACAUUUCUGAGAAUCGGCUAGAUGAAACUGACGUAUCAAUAACAAUGGAUAACGUGAGAUGUAAUGACAAUGACACGGAUAUAUCAGUUUGCAUUUCUAGAAUUAUGAGACACAGCUGUCAAUAUCGAGACAGCAUUUGGCUUCGCUGUUUUAAUAAUACAGGAUGUGAUAACGACAAUCAGAGGAGUCAAAGUGUACUGUGACAAAUAUUGGUGGAUUUUUGAAGCAAUUGUGUUAUGAUGCGAGUAGAAAAGAGUACUUUCACCAGUGUUCUUAUUCGAAUGAUACAUAUUCUAAAGAGGACAGAUUGGUUGACAGUGAAACUAUGAGUUACACACUCUCAAGUGUCUCAACUUUAUGCAGGAAUGAUGCAUAUGUUUAUCAGGCGUGUGGGUUCAAUACGAAAAUAUCAAAAGAAGGAGAUUUCUUUUGCGGAGGUUUUUUCAGGGAUGAAGCAGGAAUUAAAACUUUUAUUGAGUGUAACCAAAACUGUGGAAAUCAUUCUGGUGAGAAUACAUCACAGAGUAACAUCGAGGGAAGCAAGGAAGUUGUGUGUGACAAUAAUUGUGAUAUGGAGAACUGUAAAGAUGAAAGUUUUUGUGGUGGUCAUACAUAUGGACUUUACUGUGAUAGUCAGUAUGGUGAUUAUAUUCCGGUACAAUGUAUUUGUGAUGGAGCUGAUCAUUGUACUCAUCAGGAAGAUGAGACGUAUUGUGAUAUAGGGAACACGACACUACAAACCUGCCUUCAAUACCAGGAUAAAAAGUUUGAUGGAAACGACAGGACAAUCCCCAUACUUAACUACACUAGGUGUGGUGUAUUUGCCCUUACCUCAGCAGUCAUCAUGCCAGUAUAUCCGUACUGUUACGAUUAUUUAGAUCAGACAAACUGCACUGAUGUGAAUAGAGUGGGUGGUCACUGUCUGAUCAAUGGUUUCAUGUCCAGUGUCUCAAAGUACGUAGUUUGUGGUAGCGAGUUUAAGCAGACCAGUGAUAGGAUUGAUUUAUGUGACGAUAAUCUAGAAAAUGAAUGUAGUUCACUAUCCGAUUUAAAAGCAGACUGUAUUGUCCAUAAACACAAACUCUGUGAUGGAGUUAGGGACUGUGUUGAUGGUGGUGAUGAAACCCUUGAUAUAUGUCACUCCACAACGUUGGGUUAUUUGAACUGCAGUCGAAGUUUCAAUACUGAUAAAAAUGUGCCAAUACCUAUCACAUGGUUAUCGGAUAAUCAAACAGAUUGUCUUAAUGGAGAAGAUGAAAAAGGAAACAUUGAGUUGAAACACUGUGUAGACGAACAAGAAGGUAUUGAUAGAGUAUACCUGGGAAACGAAACCUGUCGAAAUGUUUUUCUGUGUCCUGAAGAUUCCAAAAACGGCUAUGUCGAGUUUAACUUUCUUUGUGAUGGUAUAAACUCUUGUGAAGUCGAAAAUGAGAUCUGCACGAUUUCAAGAGAUUUCCCAAGUAUCAAUACGUCUGCAGUCAUCAAGAGUUGUGCCGUGCGAGAUUUGUGCGAAUCAAUGGAGGAAUCUGCAAAUCUAACUUGUAAUAUUCAGGAAUUUGAGGGUCCAGCAGGAAAUGCUUUUGGUGUAAGAAUAAAAAUUAAUAUCACUACCGCCGAAGUUGACUGCGAUUUUCAGUUUGGCGAAUAUUAUGUUUUCUUGAGUUGUAUGGGUUUAUGUCUAAACUCUACAUGUCCUCUUCCGAACACUCCCUUAGACUUUGAUUCAUGUCCUGGUCAGUAUACUGAUAGAGUUUUCACCCUUGCUAAUAAUUCCACUUUGUCUUUUGCGACUGUGUCUGACAUGGGUGAGUAUGAAAAUACAUAUUUCCAAUGUAAAAAUACCAAAUGUGUAAGGUAUAGCCAAGUUUGUGACCUUGUGGAUAACUGUGGUGACAUGUCAGAUGAACGAAACUGUACUAACCAUAUAGUCUGUGAAGACACAAAAAACCGGACAGAUGUGAAAGAGCAGUUGAUAUCUCGUUCCCAACAGUGUGAUGGUAGAUUUGAUUGUUUUGAUCUUUCAGAUGAAUGCAAUCUGUCCUGUGGAAAGGAAAUCAUUACCAACUGGGCAUUGAAGCUAGCUUGCUGGCUGUUGGGUCUUUCAGCAGCAACUUUCAAUGUCAUCGUGGUGACCAAAAUGGGAUGUUCCAUAAGAGAAUCCGAAACAGGGAGCAUGAUGUGCACCAGGGUUCUCGUCUGUCUAAUUGGAAUAGGAGAUUUUCUUGUAGGAGUCUACUUGAUCGUACUAUCAGUUUUUGACAGCAUCAUUCACGGAAAGGAAUAUUGCUCGAGGCAAGCAGAGUGGUUAUCAGGUACUGUUUGUUCUUUUUUGGGAGUGAUUAGCACUGCUGGUACACAACUCUCCCUAUUUUCGAUGCUUGCUUUGAGUUUGAUCAGAAUGUGGGGAAUCAUGAAUAGUUCUCUGAUAGGUCCCACCCGUGUCAAUAAAAGAGCAGUAACAAAAGCUGUUUUAAUUGUGAUCGGAAUCGUUACAGCCUCACUAUCGGUAGCGAUUAUACCAUUGGUACCAUCAUUGGAGGACUACUUUGUUCAAGGCUAUUUCUAUGAUACAGACUACAAGCUUUUCAUCGGUUUUCCAAACAAGAUAAAACACAUCAAGACUCUCAAGGCUUACUACAAAAACGACAGUUUCUCUACAGAUACCUCUUGGGCCGAGAUUGGUGAUAAAGUUGACGGAAUGUUCACCCAAAAGUAUGGACGCUUGAAAAAAAAUGCUGUUCACUUUUAUGGUAAUGAUGGUGUUUGCCUUUUUAAAUACUUUGUUCGAAGUGACGACCCAAAAAGAAGUCGAACAACAUCGGAUACAGGAGCGGACAUGGUGGACGUUAAAGGAAAUAUGAUAGUCUGGCUAAUGCUAGGUGUCAACUUAUUCUGCUUCGUCGUGAUUACCGUGUCAUACUUGUUAAUUAUCAUAAAAAGUCGGAAAUCAGCAAAGAGUUCUGGACAAAACAACAAUCCAGAGGCUCUCCGUAAAAGCCGGAAAAUGCACAACAGGAUUGCCUUGAUCGUAGCAACGGAUUUUGCUUGUUGGGUUCCAUUUAUAUUCAUCAGUGGGCUUCAUAAUCUCGGUUCAAUCGAUGCUACAAAUUGGUACGUCACCUUCGCUAUGAUAGUGCUACCCCUAAAUUCUGUCAUUAACCCUUUACUAUAUGACAACACUGUCAGACAGUUUUUCGAUAGAAGUGCCAAAAACUUUGUUUCCGGAUCAAAAAAAGUACUUAACGAAGUAGAAACCGUGGUGUCUGCUACUGGUGCUGACUAUAUUGGAGAGGGAAUAGUUGUUGCACCUGCCGAGGAUAUAAUCACAGAAACAUCCCUUUAGAUGGGAAUACUAAUUCACUAGGAAAUUAUUACGUUCUCCAAACUACCCUAUAAAAAUGGACAGUACUAUCCCUGCUGUUGGAGACCGAAUGUAACUCUCUUCUUAAAAGCUACAACGUGAUCAUCACCAGCAACUGAUUAUGGAAUACAAAUGCUUGUUAUAAAAGCGUGAACAUUGAUUAUAUAAUAAUUAUUAUACAGUUUACAUUGACAUCAUGAAAAGGUGUAGGAACGGUAACAUCUUCCGUUUGGUUGCACCGCUCUUUAGUGUCUCUCGUUUAAUUUUAAUCACCCACCUUAUUUUUGGGAAGACUCUAAGUUCUAAACAUGAUGAAACAUAGCGACUUAAGUAUGAAUAUCGACUCAGAGGAAAUACUCAUGACUCUCUACUAGAGGGGUUAAUGGUGAUGUUUUAUGAAGUUUUUGAUGGGUUGUGUAAUUUCUUGUUAUAAUUAUAGCUUACCUGUUUCAAUUCAUGGCGAUUUAUCAUUGUUGGUUGAUACUUCACUACUUUUACGUGUAAUUAUUUAUAUCGUGAAACUAGCGCACUGGCAUUCAUUUAAAUGAAAAAAAUGAUGUGUUUCAAGUGUGCAAUACAUGACCAACGAUUUAGAUACACAGAUGGAAAUUUUGAAUUAACAUCAGCAUAAUUUUUAAGGAAGGCGAUUAUAUUUUAUGUAUUAAUAAACUCAGACUCGAUUAUUAUUGUAUCAAUUAGUUUGCUAUCUGGUUUAUUGCUCUGA